GUUUCGUUAUCCCACAGUGUCUGCAUUCGCGGCCAGCCUGCACCCAACAAGCGAUUAGCAAAGCGGAGUGCAGCCGAAGCCGGCCUAGCUGCUCUCGGCUUUGCGGCCACACUUAAUUCUCCGGUCAAAUCUGCUGUUCGGAAACAGACAACUUUUGCUCUGCCUAAUGACGAUGUUGCGGCUAGUACGGCCACUAAUGCCAAUAGUCAAUCUUCAAACUGGGCUCCAUCUUCCCCCCUGAGGGAGCCAUUUGGGGUUCCUCAAGCUGAAUGUCAAUCUACCGAUGAACAGGUGUCAGUCCACGAUCGUACUACAGUUGAUGGGACCUUGGUUAUGGGUCAGACAUUCUCAUAUAUAUAA